AUGCGCUCUCUUACUUCCAGCUUCAAGAAAAACCCAACAAAAAAGGAUGAUGCCAUUAAGUUUAUGGAUCGGUUACUAAAGAAUGGACAUGCUGAAAAGGCUCCACCUCUAACGGAUGGAGAGGAAUGUUGGUUUCUACCGAUAUUCGGCGUUUACCAUCCUCGCAAGCCAACCCAAAUCCGUAUGGUUUUUGAUGCCUCUGCCUCGUUCGCUGGAACGUCGCUUAAGUCCGUUCUUCUUCCUGGACCGAACAUGACUAAUAGCUUACUCGGUAUUCUGUUAAGAUUCCGUAAGGAACGAGUUGCGGCUGUUGGUGACAUAGAACAGAUGUUUCACAGUUUCAAGAUUCGUCAAAACCAUAGGAAUUUUGUACGGUUUGUUUGGUUUGAGGACAAUAACCCUGAGAAACCUUUGAUAGACUAUCGCAUGUGUGUGCAUCUGUUUGGAAAUUCUCCGUCCCCAGCAGUGGCGACAUACUGCUUACGUAAGUGUGUUGCCGGAGAUUUAUGCGAUGCCAAAAUAAAGGAAUUCGUUGACAAGAACUUCUAUGUGGACGAUGGUUUGGUAUCAUUCACUUCCGGAGACGAAGCUUUGGAUGUUCUUCUGCGUACUCAGACGACCUUGAAGGAACAAGGGAGAAUACGUUUUCAUAAAUUCGCCUCAAAUGACCCAUAUGUCAUGGAUGCCCUUCCACCAGAGGACAGAGCCAAAGAUCUCAGUGAUAUAGACCUCGAGCUCAGCUCUGCACCUACACAACGUAGUCUUGGUCUUGGAUGGAACCUUGAAUCCGACAAUUUUGUAUUUAACUCUGUACCAAAGGAACCACAGAUUCAAGUGACAAAGCGAGAAAUACUUUCAGGUUUGAACAGCCUUUACGACCCUUUAGGUUUUCUGUCCCCAGUGAUUCUUCAAGGUCGAUAUAUAUUUCGUGACGUUGUGAACUCCUCCGUAGGAUGGGACGAUGCAGUCCCACUUGAAGUCGAUUUGAAAUGGAAAAACUGGUGUUGCUCUCUACAUCAUCUGUUGGACGUGAACAUACCAAGGAUGUUUGUGCCUACGUCGCUCAAGGAGAGCAAUACAAUUGAACUCCAUACAUUCUCGGAUGCCUCUAAGAAGGCAGUGUCUGCAGUUUCCUAUCUUCGUGUCAUCAGCGGCGAGGAUACCUACGUUGGAUUUGCCUUCGGGAAGUCGAAACUCUCUCCAUGUCAUGGACACACUAUACCGCGACUGGAACUUUGCGCGGCAGUUUUAGCAUCAGAAAUUGCUCAGUUCGUCUGCAAACAGCUCGAUGUUAAUAUCCGUGAGAGGAAGUUCUACACUGACAGCCGUGUAGUGCUCGGAUACAUUUACAACAGGACAAAACGCUUUCAUACUUACGUGUCGAACUGGGUUCAGCGCAUUCACUUGGAAACUUUGCCCGAAGAGUGGACUCAUGUAUCUUCAGAACUGAAUCCAGCGGACGUUGGAACAAGGUCGUGUAUGGCGGACGAACUGUCAGGAAUGUGGUUCAAUGGCUCUGGCUUCCUUCACACUAUUCCAAGUCUGCCCGAGGAUCCAGAUUAUCCACUACAGAGUCCAGAGGACGAUAAAGAGAUCAGGUCGGAAACCAAGAUUACGACAAUUCUUCAAGAGGAAAACUUUGGCCAGGAAAUCGCUAACCUCAAAAGUAAGAAACCGAUACCAAAGAGUAGCCCAUUGAGGUAUUUGGACGCUUAUCUGGACGAUGAUGGAGUCCUACGCGUCGGCGGUAGAAUUCGGACUGGAGACGCUUUGUCUGGACAAGGACACAUCAUCAUUCCUGGGAAGACACACCUGACUCGGCUGAUCGUGCUCCAUCUUCAUGAGAAGACAAGACACCAAGGAAGGAAUAUCUUGGAAGGUGCAGUCAGAUCAGCAGGUUACUGGGUAAUUGGAGCCAAGAGACUCGUGUCCUCUAUUAUCCAUGCGUGCGUCACCUGUAGAAAGCUUCGUCGGAAGCUGGAAUGUCAAAAGAUGGCUAAAUUACCAGAGUUUCGGACACAACCCACACCACCGUUCACUUACGUCGGUGUUGAUACCUUUGGUCCUUGGGAAGUUUCGACUAGGAAAACUCGAGGCGGUGCGGCUAACGCUAAACGAUGGGCGAUUCUCUUCACGUGUAUGACGAGUAGAGCAGUACACAUUGAACUGGUAGAAGAGAUGUCGUCAGCUGCCUUCAUCAACGCCCUGCGACGUUUUGUCUCCCUACGAGAGAAAGUUACAGAAUUCCACUCAGACCGAGGUACUAACUUUGUGGGCAGCACAGACGCACUAAGAAUAGAUGCCAUAAAUGUCGAAAAUCCUACCGUAAGAAAGUUCUUUGCAGACAACGGAUCAACAUGGAUAUUUAAUCCGCCACAUGCGUCUCACAUGGGAGGUGUUUGGGAGAGAGUUAUUGGUACAGCCAGAAGAAUUCUUGAAGGAAUCAUUGUGACAGAAUCACGAAGAAAUCUUACUCAUGAUAUCUUAAGCACCUUUAUGUGUGAAGUCUGUGCUAUCAUUAACAGUCGACCCAUUGCGUCGGUAUCGGUGGACCCAUCGCAACCUUCCAUUUUAUCUCCAUCGACGCUGUUAACACAAAAACAGAUCUUGACUUCGGACCCUUUGAGGAAAUUGACAUUAAGGACGCUUACAGGUCAUGUUGGAAACAUGUUCAAGUUAUGGCCAAUCAGUUCUGGAAGAGAUGGCAAAACGAGUAUCUGUAUUCACUUCAGUCUCGACGGAAGUGGAUCGGCACAAGGGACAAUAUCCAGAAAGGGGAUGUUGUUUUACUCAAAGAAGAAGGUACAGUCAGAUACGACUGGCCUUUAG